UCCAAACAAGCGGCAUAACCUCCAAAACCUCAUCAAAACCGUUGGAAAGAGAAUAAAAUUUUCCUCAAUCACCCGGGGAUAAAAUAGACUAAUGGAGACCCAGCAGAAGGGCAAGUGCAUCACCCUGAAGGGCUCUGCGGAGUUGGUGAAGAAAUAUCUUCUGUAUGGGAUCAACAGUAUCUUGUAUCAGCGUGGAAUAUAUCCACCGGAGACCUUCGAGCCAGCUGAUCACUUUGGAAUGGUCAUCCUCACGUCGACUGACGAAAAAAUAAAGAACUUCCUGGACACUGUCCUGGAUCAGGUCGAGGACUGGCUGCUCCAGAGGAAAGUCCAUCAAGUGACUCUUGUCAUCACUAACGUAAACACGAAGGAGGUCCUUGAAAAGUGGGACUUCAAGGUCGCCUACGAGGGAGAUGGAGAUGGUCAGGGUAAUGGGGAAUUACCUGAGGUGGGGACCAAAGACGUCAAGACCAUCCAGAAGGAAAUUCGAGAGGUCAUCAGGCAAAUAACAGGAACUGUGAGCUUUCUUCCACUUCUGGACUGCCUCUGCUCCUUCGACAUAUUCACCUACACUCUACCAGAUGUUGGAAUCCCCAAGGAAUGGGACGAGACACAACCUGUGUUCAUCGCCAACAGCCAAGAGGUCCAGCUGCGAACAUUCUCAACAUCAAUUCACAAAAUGGAUACAAUCGUUAGUUACAGAAACACGUAAAACCUUCCUCCAUCUUCCCACCACUCAAAAUCGUACAUUCAUUACCUCCAGAUUGCUGCAAUUUCGGGAGAUUAUUUCAGUUUAAGAUAUUGUGGGGUGACACCAUCGAUCAUCAAUUGAACAAUUUUCCUGGGAAUUUAUUAGAUCAUCCCUGGAAUCCAACGAGAACAUAUCCUCAUGAUAUUCUCUGUCUGUCCUGGGCUCCUGUUAGCGCAGAUGUGUGACAGGUGACAUAUGAGAUAUCUUACUUACACGUGUGUUUAUUUUACAAGCUUGAAUAUGAUCCUGCAGGGCUACGUCUGCGGAUACAUAUAAUUAAUUCCUAAGUGAAUGCCACUCGAGAAUCACGAGGGAUUGGUACUGUAAAAGAAUUUUUUAAAAUAAUAAUGUUCAUUUAAAAAAUAAAAAUCGAGAUUAAAAAUGAAGAUGAAAGAAUUCCGAAUGAAUGGAAAUGAUUGAGAGGAAGGAAAAGCGUGAAUAUUAUAUUGCAAAAUAAUGAUGCGUUAAAUAAUUGAAAUAAUAAGUUUAUUGAAUUAUUAAUAUAAAAUGGGAGACAGGAGGAGAUAAAUGUGAAUUCAGUGAAGAGGUAAAAAUAAAACAAUUAACAAUAUUUA